AUGGGCGUGGGAGCUGCCCUGCUGUCGGGCUUGGUGUACGACACAGCCUACUAUGACCUCUUGGAGGUCAGCGUCGACGCAACAGAGGUGGAAAUCAAAAAGGCCUACAAGAAAAAGGCCAUGAAGCAUCACCCAGAUAAGAACCCCGAUGACCCCAACGCCCACGAGAUGUUCCAGGCCAUUGGCCAGGCCUAUGAGACGCUUAUGGAUCCAAACGAGCGCGCUGCAUAUGACCAACACGGCCCAGACGGACCACCUCGGGGCGGCGGCCCUGCCGAUUAUGAUGACCUGUUCGAGGCCAUGUUUGGCGGUAUGGGCGGCUUUCCUGGUGGCCCACCACAUGGGUUUGACCCAGCCGGCCGGGGACCGAGGCCCAGGCGAGGCAAGGACACGGUCGUGCCGUAUGAGAUCUCGCUGGAGGAGGCCUAUGUUGGUAAAAAGGUCGUCAUGGCGCUGUCGAGGGACCGCAUCUGCAAGCCCUGCAAGGGACGCGGCGGCAGGGAAGGCAUGAAGAUGACCCAGUGCGGCAAGUGCGAAGGCAAGGGUGUCAUCUUCGCCGACCGUCAUCUCGGUGUUGGAAUCGUCGGCAAAGUGCGUGUACCUUGCCCAGACUGUGACGGCGAGGGCCAGCACAUUCGCGACAAGGACCGCUGCAAGAAGUGCAAAGGCAAGAAGGUCGUCAAGGAGAAGAAGCGUGUCGAGUUUAUGAUCGACCCUGGUACCGAAGACAGCGAGCGCAUUGCUCUCAAGGGUGAAGGAGACGAAGAGCCCGACGUGCCAGCCGGCGAUGUCAUCUUCCACAUCCGCAUUAAGCCCCACCCAACUCUCCUCCGCAGUGGUGCCAGCCCCGGCGACCUGCAGACCAACGUCAAGAUCAACCUGUCAGAGGCACUGCUUGGCUUCAACCGCGUCCUCAUCGUUCACCUCGACGGCCGCGGUAUCCGCGUUGAAAGCGGUCGCGGUGAGCGUAUCAUCCAGCACAAGGACGUCUGGGUUGUCCGUGGCGAGGGUAUGCCCCACCGCGGCCGGGGGACCAAGGGUGACCUGUACCUCCGUUUCGAUGUGCAAAUGCCCAGCACCUCGUGGGCUUCGCGUGCUGGCGACGGCGCGGUGCAGCUCCCGGAACCUCUGCCCGAGCUCGACCCCUUGCCAGAAGUGGUCGACACGCGCUAUCUGUCGCCAGAGCGUCGCUGA